CAUUACGUAAAAGUGCUGUGUUGACGUGGCGUGAGCGGUAGCAGUUCAACAGUAGCUCCGAAGGUAGCUAGGUAACAACCCGACGUGACAGCGACGACAAGCCUUAGCAAGCAUGGAUUUUAUUCAGGACCCCUGAUUGAUCGCUGUUCAGGUUUCAGUGUAAAAAAUGUCCAGUAGAGGCCCACAUUAUGGGUUCCAGUCAGCCACUAUGGUGCAGCCGGCCAACGGCGGUCAUGCCUAUCUGUUUGGAAACAACGGCUCCGAGAACGAUCUGUCAGAGGAGGACGCCGAGAGCUAUGAGCUGCGGUCACGCGGCAGAGAGAGGCUGCGGAGGAGCACCUCGAGAGAGAGGAUGGACGACAUUGUUUAUCUGACCAGAGACAUCCAGGAGGGCGACACCCUCAACAGUAUCGCCCUGCAGUACCACUGCUCAGUUGCUGACCUUAAGCGUGCCAACAGCCUCUUGACAGAGCAGGACUUUUUUGCCCUCCGCUCAGUUAAGAUACCUGUGAGACGCUUCAGCGUCCUCACUGAGAAUCACAACACUGGACCUAUAAAAUCUGUCACGCCUUCAAGUGCCAGGCACCUGCCUCAGACCUCGCCCGCUACCUCCUUCCCUUCUGAAUCCUCCACAGACUCUUCUUCUUCUUCUACUGACAGUGUGGAAGGAUUUCUCCUAGAGAAGGAUAAAGACAUUGAGCGACUGGUGAAAUCCACAGGCCCAUCAAGGAGCAGCCUGAAUGAAGUUGUCUCCUCCUUAACACUACAGCAGCAGCAGCCAUUGCUACGAGAGGUAGAUUAUAAACCGAUGCAGAGGAAGGACCCUUAUUAUGGAGCAGAUUGGGGCAUGAGGUGGUCGACGGCUGUGGCCAUCAUGCUGGUUGUUGGUAUUGUCACCCCUGUUUUUUAUCUACUUUACUAUGAGGUUCUUGUGAAAACUGAGGUCAGCCAUCAUGGCAGCCCUACACAUGGCAACCCACCUCAUGGGCAGCCCAGUGACAAUAAUUCAAAGCUUCCUUUUCAAAAAGACAAGAAUGGAGGAGCUGCACCAGAACAGGGACCUGAAAAUUUGGUUAAUGGAAAUCCUCUGGGAAUCCAUCCUGAGAUGGAGAACAUGAAGGGCAUGAGAAAAAAAACAUAGCAAGGGAUUUUAUUUGAAGUAAAUUCAGUGACCCAAUGAAGCUGGUUGGAUCGUCCUGUUUGAUCGACUUAAAAUGUGAAUGCUAUCUGCCUGACGGGGACAGUCACUUUAUAGUGCAAACAGUUCUGAGAUCCGAUACUGUAGGUUUGAGAGCAGAAAUAAAGGCUCCGGCACAAGCAUUCCAUUUUUAUUUUUAUGCUCUUCAACGUGUUAAUGGAAACAAAGUGGGGCCAAAGUGGUGCCAACUGUCUCUGCCAGAUAUGUGUAGGCAUCAAAAGGCCAAUGUAACAUGUUUUGGACUUUUAGACCUUGCGUAUACAUUUCAAAACUACUCAUAAUCAGCUCAACCAGGUGAAUUUGUCUUUUUUUUUUAAUUUCCAUCAGUGCUGCUGCCUAUUUUUACUCAAUGUUCAAGGAGCAACUCACCAAUUUAAAUUCAUUUGCAGUCAUUGGCUGCAUCCUAAUGAAACAACCAACGCCCGUGGUUUGGUUUCCAGUUUCUUUUGUUCCACUGACUUGCUUUUUUUCUGCCAUGUUAGUAAUCUUGUUUGUUUUUUCCUAGACUAUUUGCUGGAGAUGAUUUCUGCCAUAUGUUUAAUAUAAUAAUUUAUUAAGACGAGUUGUCUUACACUAUCAGUAUUUGAGCAGGUAAAUAAUGCUUCUGAAGGUUGCUUGAAUCCCUUCUUCCUUUAGCUUGCUUGGAGAUUAAUGCAGUUUGCCAUCAUUUAGGAGCAUGGUGAUGCACAGUAUUCCAAUGAUGAUCCAUACUUGUAAUUAUGUGAAAAGUUAGACUUUGUUAUUUAGCCCUUUUAUUUCGUCAUUGUUGACUUGAUACUUUAUGACAGAGCAUUGUGUUGUUGACAGUAUGUGCCUUUCAACCUGUGGAAAAGUGCUGCAGACUGGAAAAUAAAUACAUCUAUUUUGAAUAAAUUAUUGCCACUGUUUA